GAUCAGGCCUUCGGGGAGCUGGAGAAGAACAGUGAUAAGCUGCAGCAGGGCACGUCGUCCUCCGACAGCAGCCAGCCCGCUCACCUCCACCAGCUCCUGUGCUCCCUGCAGAAGCAGCUGUUAGCGUACUGCCACAUUAACUCGGUCACUGAGAACUCCAGCAGCGUAGCUUUACUUCACAAGCACCUGCAGCUCCUGCUGCCGCACGCCACAGACAUCUACUCCCGCUCAGCCACGCUGAUCAAAGAGAGCUCCUGGAACGGCAGCAUACGAGAAAAACUACAAGAUGUGAUCUACGUCUCAGCCGCAGGCAGCAUGCUGUGCCAGAUCAUCAACUCUUUGCUGCUGCUUCCGGUGUCGGUGGCGAGGCCUCUGCUGAGCCACCUGUUGGACCUGCUGCCUCCUCUGGACAGACUCAACAGACUCCUGCCUGCUGCGUCUCCUCUGGAGGACCAAGAGCUGCAGUGGCCUCUUCACGGUGCAUCUGACUUUGCUGAGCCGUCCUCAGGUAUGUCCCUGCCUCAGCCGGCGCUGUCCUGGGUUUGGCUCGUGGACCUGGAGAGGACAGUCGCCCUGUUGGUUGGCCGCUGCCUUGGUGGGAUGCUUCAGGGAGCUCCGACCUCGCUGGAGGAACAGGACACUGCUUACUGGCUCAAAACGCCCCUCUUCAGCAACGGCCUGGUGAUGGACAUCCCUCAGCUUGACACCUGCAUCAGCUCAUUGUUGGAGGCAGCGCUGUCUGGGAAUGAAGAGCAGAAGCCCUUUGACUGCACUCUGCGUCCGGACUCGAGUGUCUUGGUGGAUUUGUCUCUGGGUUCUUCUAAAGAACCUGCCAACAGCCUCUGGAUCAACAUGCAAGACUAUGCCAUCAGCAAAGACUGGGACAAUGCGUCUCUCAGUAACGAGUCUCUGUUGGACACUGUGUCCAGGUUCGUGUUGGCAUCCUUGUUGAAGCACACAGGGCUGCUGAGCCAAGCCUGUGGAGAGGGCAGGUACCAACCUUCUAAGUCCCUUGCUGAAGUCUAUCGCAGUGUUUAUAAGGUACGAAACCGUCUGCUGGCCUGUAAGAACAUGGACUUCAUCCAGACCCGGUCUUCUUCACGUGAGAGGAGGAUUUCAGACAAUCAGGACUCUCUGGACAUGGACCCUCAGGAGCACUCGUUCACACGCACCAUCGACGAGGAGGCGGAGCUGGAAGAGAGAGCCGACCGCGAGAGAGAGGAGGGCCAUCAGGAACAAGACGAUGAAGAGGAGGACAGGGAGCAUGAAGUGAUGACAGCUGGAACACGGGAGGUAGCUCGCAGUCGGGACAGAGAGCGGGCGAGCAGCAGUACAGGCCUGGGCUCCGGCUCUGUCUCCAGGAGCGGAGGAGGAGGAGGAGGUGGAGACGAGGACGCCAUUCUGUCUCAGGAGGGGAGGAGGGGCAGUUCUGGUCUCCCAGAGGGCCAGGACCUGUACACAGCAGCCUGCAACUCGGUGAUCCACCGCUGUGCCCUGCUGCUGCUGGGGGUGAGCCCCGUGCUCGGCGAGCUGAGCAAACAGAACCAGGAGGAGGGCCAGACCCAGUCCGCCACAGGAACACACGAGUGUCUGAGCUUCAUGACCAGGAGCGAGAGUCUAAGUGCAGAGAGCCGCUCGGUGCAGAGCAGCCCGAGUUACAGACUGAUGAAGUCCAGGAGUGAGUCUGAUCUCUCGCAGCCCGAGUCAGAUGAAGAGGGCUACACUCUGAGCGGACGGAGAAACGUCGACCUGGACUUGGCGUUCUCACACAAAAAAAGAGGUAAAGAUAAUUUCUGUGAGAUCUGUGAGAUGCAGUGAGUGAGGAUGACUCAGGUUUGUGUUCGUCAUCUUUCAUAUGUUACUCUUGUCUCUCUGUCCUUUAAUUCCUGUGUGAAUAGUUUAUUUGCUUCUUUUGGGGCAGUUGAGCCCCAAACACAAGAGGAGCUCCAAGCAAGUAAACGAU